AUGUCUUCCGCUCCCCAUCUUCCUCCCGAUAGGCGUCCGAUCGUCAUCUCUGGUCCCUCGGGGGUCGGAAAGGGGACGUUAUACAAGCGACUGUUUCAGCAGCAUCCGGAUACCUUUGCUCUGUCUGUUAGUCACACGACGCGCAAGCCCAGACCGGGUGAGCAGGAAGGUGUCGACUAUCACUAUGUCACAAAGGAGGAAUUCCAGGACUUGAUCUCCAAGGAUGGAUUCGUGGAGUGGGCCCAGUUCGGAGACAACCUCUACGGCACAAGCAAGAAGACUAUUCAGGAACAGAGUGCGAAGGGUCGUGUCGUGGUGUUGGACAUUGAGAUGGAGGGUGUCAAGCAGGUCAAACGCUCUGACAUCAAGGCGCGUUAUGUCUUCAUCGCGCCGCCAUCUGAGGAGGAGCUCGAGAAACGCCUGCGUGGCCGGGCCACCGAUUCGGAGAGCAGUAUUCUGAAACGUCUGGCGCAGGCUAAGCUGGAGCUUGAGUACGCCAAGACUCCCGGUGUCCAUGACAAGACCAUCGUCAACGAUGACCUGGACAGGGCCUACAAGGAGUUGGAGGACUGGGUCUACACUCCUCCGGCUGACUCUUAG